UUUGAGGGUCAAUAAACCACAAGAAGAAAAGGAAUGAAGGAAAAGAUUACGAGCUGCGUUUUUGCAUACCCUUUCUAACUUCUUCCUGUGGGCAAUCCCCACCUUUGUCACUCUCCCUUCCCUUUUUCCUCUUUGUUUUCUGGAUAUUUCUUUUUCUUUUCCUGUAAUUUUUUUUCUCAAAUUCUUUUUCCCCCCUUUCUCCUUCUACAGUGAACCUUUCUUGUGGUAAUUAUUUGUAAGGCAAGUGUGAAGAAGGUUUACGAUAUGCUACUUCUGUAAGGUCCCAUUCCUCUGAUUACUGAAUAAGUAGAGAAAGGAAAAGCUGGUAUUUUGAAAUUAAAAUCGAACUUGCGAGUUGUUUCUGGUUUUUCUUGGUCUCAAGUAGCUUUCCCCAUCUGGGUUUUUGGGUUGAAGUAAAAAAGAUUCAAACUUUAACUUGGGUUCUGGUGAAAAGUGUACAGUUUUGAGAGUGUAUGCUGGUAAAUAAGGCCUUCUGCUUGUGGUUGAUCGAGACAUUGGUGGGUUGUUGAUCAGUGGUGCAAAAGUGUUUGUCAUCAGUAAUUUACAUAGAGGAAAGGGGAUUUCUUGGCCUCUUUCUUUGGAAUCAAUGAAGCUGAUGGAGGCUUUGCUUUACUGAAGGAUGGAUGUAAUCAAGCUUCUGUGUAAGUCCAAGUUUUCGUUUUGCUGCAAUUGAUUAUUCAUAAAUGUUGUUUCUUCUUUGAAUCCGAUUUUCGGUUUCUUUGUUGAAAGGAGAUUGAGGUUUCAUUUUAUCUAGCUUGGUUGGUUUAUGGUUGAUAUUUAGUACCAUAAUUGGGUUUUUUCCGAGGGUAUGAAGUAAUUUUGGAAAUAUGAUCAAACAAAUUUUUGGUAAAAUCCCUCGGAAGCAGUCAAAAUCGGCUGGAAGUUCUACAACCGUGAGUUCUUCAGAUACUGCAAGAAGUAGAGUUGAAGGAAAUAGAAAGCUGGGGGGGUCGGUUGAUACAGUUUUAACGGUGCAUCAUUCUGUUUCAAGUAAUGGGUAUAAGACACUGGAUAAGUUCUACCGAGAUGAAAAUUUAGAUGCCAAUCGGAAGUUGGUAACUGCUUCAUAUGAACCACUGCCAGGCUUUAGGGAUGUUCCAAGUUCUGAGAAGCAGAACUUAUUUAUCAGGAAGCUUAAUAUGUGCUGUGUUGUCUUUGACUUUGCUGAUCCUACGAAGUACCUCAAGGAGAAGGAGAUUAAGCGACAGACAUUACUGGAGCUAGUUGAGUAUGUCACUUCGGCAAUUGUCAUAUAUACAGAAACUGUCAUGCAGGAAGUUGUUAAGAUGGUAUCUGCCAAUUUGUUCAGAGUACAUAGUCCUCAGUCACGGGAGAAUACAGUAAUGGAAGCUCUUGACGUGGAAGAAGAGGAGCCUGCUAUGGAUCCUGCAUGGCCGCAUUUGCAGAUUGUGUAUGAACUUCUGCUAAGAUUUGUUGCAUCACCUGAAACUGAUGCAAAAGUAGCCAAAAGAUACAUUGACCAUUCAUUUGUGUGCAAGUUGCUUGAUCUUUUUGACUCUGAAGAUCCUAGGGAGCGAGAGUACUUGAAAACGAUUCUACAUCGCAUCUAUGGGAAGUUUAUGGUACACAGGCCUUGUAUUAGGAAAGCUAUCAACAACAUGUUUUACUGUUUUAUCUUUGAAACUGAAAAGCAUAAUGGGAUUGCUGAGCUUCUAGAAAUUUGGGGCAGCAUCAUUAAUGGGUUUGCCUUGCCAUUGAAAGAGGAACACAAGCUCUUUCUUGUUAGGGUGCUUAUUCCCCUGCAUAAGCCAAAAUGUUUAGCAAUGUAUCACCAGCAGCUAUCUUAUUGUAUCACACAGUUUGUGGAGAAGGACUGUAAACUUGCUGAUAUUAUAAUUAGAGGAUUGCUAAAGUACUGGCCAGUCACCAAUAGCUCAAAGGAAGUUAUGUUCCUUAAUGAGUUGGAAGAAGUUUUAGAAGCAACUCAGUCACCAGUAUUUCAGCGAUGUAUGGUGCCUUUGUUUCGCCAAGUUGCUCAAUGCUUGAACAGUUUGCACUUUCAGGUGGCUGAGAGAGCUUUGUUCUUGUGGAACAAUGAUCAUAUUGACAAUCUGAUUAAACAGAACCGCAAGAUUAUACUUCCUAUUAUCUUCCCUGCACUGGAGAGAAAUGCUAGACAUCACUGGAAUCAGGCUGUUCAUGGUUUGACCCUCAAUAUUCGCAAGAUAUUCUAUGAUCUUGAUCCUGAACUAUUUAAGGAGUGCUUGCUUAAGUUUGAGGAAGUUGAAUCAAAGCAAGAGGAGAUUAGAGCAAAACGAGAAGCUACAUGGAAUCGCUUAGAAGAAAUUGCAGCAGAAAAAGUUGCUAGCAAUGAAGCUGUGCUUGUUUCUCAAUCAAGUUUCCCUCAUCUUACAUGAGAUUAGAGAUGGCUAGAUGUUUUUCAUCUUCCUGUUUCUGGUUUUUUUUUUUUUUUUUUUGGAUGGAUCAAUGAGGCUGCUAUCCUGGAUACUGAAUGGACUUUGAAAUUGACCUCAGACUAUUUUUUUCUUAGGGAGGUGAUUAGAGGGAACUGGGUGGGGAAAGUAAUUUGUGGAGCCUUCAGAUUUCAAUUGCAUAGCGUUGGUAGUCUUGAAGGCUUACUGUUGAAUCAUUUAUUGUAUCCUAUUCAACUAGGCACUUGGGACGGGAGGUUAUUUUACCAUAAGAAGUAUUUAGACAGGUAAAUUGACUGCUGUAAUUCCGGUGGAAAACUUCACCAUUUCUUUGGCUCUUUUGACUACAAGAAAACGCAAAUUUGCUUAAA